AUGGAGCCGGGGGGCAGCAGCCCCGGAAGCAGCAGGCGGGGGCCGGGUCUGUGCCGGGGGGAGAUCGACUUUGGAGGGACGGGGAAGAAGCGGAGCAAGUUCGUGAAGGUGCCCAGCGGCGUGGCCCCCUCUGUCAUCUUUGACCUCCUGCUGACCGAGUGGCACCUGCCCGCCCCCAACCUGGUGGUGUCCCUGGAGGGCGAGGAGCGGCCGCUGGCCGUGCGGGCCCAGCUGCGGGACGUGCUGCGCCACGGGCUGGUGAAGGCAGCGCAGAGCACGGGGGCCUGGAUCCUGACCAGUGCGCUGCGGGUGGGCCUCGCCCGGCACGUGGGGCAGGCGGUGCGUGACCACUCACUGGCCAGCACGUCCUCCCAGAACCGUGUGGUGACCAUCGGCCUCGCCCUGCUGGGCCGGGUGCUCCAUCGGCAGCUCCUGGAUGGCGCGCGGGACGAUGUCCCCGUCAAAUACCCUGGGGACGGCGGCGGCCAGGGUCCCUUGUGCCCGCUGGACAUCAACCACUCGCACUUCAUCCUGGUGGAGGCGGGAGCGCCCGGGAAGGCGGAUGGGGCCACGGAGCUGCGGCUGCAGCUGGAGAAAUAUAUCUCGGAGCAGAGGGUCCCCUACGGCGGCACAGGCAGCAUUGAGAUCCCGGUCCUGUGCCUGCUAAUCAACGGGGACCCCCACACCCUGGAGAGGCUCUCCCGCUCCGUGGCGCACGCGGCCCCCUGGCUGGUCCUGGCGGGCUCGGGGGGUCUGGCGGACGUGCUGGCCGUGCUGGUGACGCAGCCGCACCUGGUGGUGCCCCGCGUGGUGGAGAAGCAGCUCCGGGAGAAGUUCCCUGGCGAGCACUUCUCCUGUGACGACGUGCUGCGCUUCACCCAGCAGCUGCAGGUGGUGACGGCGCACCAGCACCUGGUCACAGUGUACGACUUCGAGCAGGAGGGCUCUGAGGAGCUGGACACCGUCAUCCUCAAGGCGCUGGUGAAGGCCUGCAAGAGCCACAGCCAGGACCCGCGGGACUACCUGGACGAGCUCAAGCUGGCCGUGGCCUGGGACCGCGUGGACGUCGCCAAGAGCGAGCUGUUCGGCGGGGACGUGGAGUGGCAGUCGCGCCACCUGGAGGAGGUGCUCAUGGACGCGCUCAUGGGCGACAAGCCCGAGUUCGUGCGCCUCUUCGUGGACCACGGCGCCGACGUGACCGACUUCCUGACCUACGCGCGCCUGCAGCAGCUGUACCGCGCGGCGCCCCGCAACAGCCUGGCGGCCGCGCUGCUGCGGCGCAAGCACGAGGAGGGCCGCCUGACGCUGGCCGGCCUGGGCGCGCAGCACCCCCGCGAGCCCCCCGCGGGCGCGCCCGCCUUCUCGCUGCACGACGUGGCCCGCCUGCUCAAGGACUUCCUGCACGACGCCUGCCGCGGCCUCUACCAGGUGGGGCGGGGUGACGCCUGUGUCCAGGAGCGGGGCGUGGCCCGGCGCACCCCGAGCCAGAAGUGGCAGCUGGACCUGGGCCAGAGGAGCGAGCAGCCGUGGCGGGACCUGUUUCUGUGGGCCGUGCUGCUGCAGCGUCACCCUAUGGCCACCUACUUCUGGGCCAUGGGCCAGGAGGGCGUGGCCGCCGCGCUGGCCGCCUGCAAGAUCCUCAAGGAGAUGGCGCACCUGGAGAGGGGGGCCGGGCAGGGCCGCACCCUGCGCGGCGCCAAUUACGAGCAGCUGGCGCUGGACCUCUUCUCCGAGUGCUACAGCAACAGCGAGGAGCGCGCCUUCGCCCUGCUGGUGCGCCGCAACCGCUGCUGGAGCAGGACCACGUGCCUGCACCUGGCCACCGAGGCCGACACCAAGGCCUUCUUCGCGCACGACGGGGUGCAGGCCUUCCUGACCAGGAUCUGGUGGGGGGACAUGGCCUCCGGCACCCCCAUCCUGCGCCUCCUGGGCGCCUUCCUCUGCCCGGCCCUGGUCUACACCAACCUCAUCACCUUCAGUGAGGAGACCCCGCUGAGAACCGGCCAGGAGGAGCUGCAGGAACUGGACAGCUUGGAUUCGGAGAAGAGCCUGCUCUGCGGUCCAGGGUCAUCUCCUCCGCGCAGGGACAAGGAGCCGGCCCAGAACUUCAGGACCCCCGGCCCGCACGGCCCGCAGGCCGCCUUCCUGCUGACGCGCUGGCGCAAGUUCUGGGGUGCCCCUGUGACCGUGUUCCUGGGGAACGUGCUCAUGUACUUCGCCUUCCUCUUCCUCUUCACCUACGUCCUGCUGCUGGACUUCAGGCCUCCGCCCCAGGGCCCCUCAGCGCCCGAGGUCGCUUUGUACGUCUGGGUCUUCACGCUGGUGCUGGAGGAGAUCCGGCAGGGCUUCUUCACGGUGGAGGACACAAACCUGGUGAAGAAGUUCACCGCCUACGUGGAGGACAACUGGAAUAAGUGUGACAUGGUGGCCAUUUUCCUGUUUACUGGUGGAGUCACCUGCAGGAUGCUGCCGCCCCUGUUUGAAGCCGGCCGCGCGGUCCUCGCCAUGGACUUCAUGGUCUUCACCCUCCGCCUCAUCCACAUCUUCGCCAUCCACAAGCAGCUGGGCCCCAAGAUCAUCAUCGUGGAGCGCAUGAUGAAGGAUGUCUUCUUCUUCCUCUUCUUCCUGAGCGUGUGGCUGGUGGCCUACGGCGUGACCACGCAGGCGCUGCUGCACCCCCACGACGGCCGGCCCGAGUGGAUCUUCCGCCGCGUGUUCUACCGCCCUUACCUGCAGAUCUUCGGCCAGAUCCCCCUGGAUGAGAUCGACGAAGCCCGCGUGAACUGCUCCCUGCACCCCCUGCUGGGGCAGGACUCGGCCUCCUGCCCCAACCUGUUCGCCAACUGGCUGGUCAUCCUGCUGCUGGUGGCCUUCCUGCUGGUGACCAACGUGCUGCUCAUGAACCUGCUCAUCGCCAUGUUCAGCUACACGUUCCAGGUGGUGCAGGGCAACGCCGACACCUUCUGGAAGUUCCAGCGCUACCACCUGAUCGUGGAGUACCACGAGCGCCCAGCCCUGGCGCCCCCGCUGAUCCUUUUCAGCCACCUGAGCCUGGUGCUCAAGCGUGUCUUCCGGAAGGAGGCCCGGCACACGCGGGCAUGCCUGGAGAGAGACCUGCCCGAGCCCCUGGACCAGAAGAUCGUGACGUGGGAGUCGGUGCAGAAGGAAAACGUCCUGAGCCGGCAGGAGAAGCAGCGCAAGGAGAGCCAGGAUGAGCUGCUGCGGAAGACCGCUCACAGGAUGGACUUCGUGGCCAAGUACCUCGGGGGGCUGAGGCUGCAGGACCGGCGUCUCCGGGGCCUGGAGUCGCAGGUCAACUACUGCACCGGGCUCCUGUCCUCCCUGGUGGAUUCGCUGACCCAGGGCAGCGCCCACUGGGACGCGGACGGGCAGGCUGACCGCAGGGAGCACCCCCAGGCUGGCCGGCUGCCCGCACACACCUGA